UGAAGUAUGGUGGUGAUCAGCAUACUGGUAUGGUGUAUGGCAAUGAUCAGGAUGCUGGUAUGGGGUAUGGCAAUGAUCAGGAUGCUGCUAUGGGGUAUGGCGGUGAUCAGGGCACUAGUAUGGGUAUGGUGGUGACCAGGACUCUGAUAUGGGGUGUGGCGAUGAUCAGGAUGCUGGUAUGAGGUAAGGCUGUGAUCAUUACAUUGGUAUGGUGUAUGGCAGUAAUCAAGGCACUGGUAUGGCAUAUGGCAGUGAUUAGGACACUGGUAUGCAGUAUGGUGGUGACCAGGACUCUGAUAUGG